AAAUAACCUACCGGUAAAAUUCCUCAUGUCCACGCGUGGCGCGUGUAGUGACAAAACUAGAAAGCUAAAAAUAUACAAUAGUGACACCGGUUUAUAAACUUUUGAAAAGACAAAUAAAAUGAGUUGUCUCACCGGAGUUGAAUACAGUUUUUUCUGAAAAAUGGAGCUUGAAACUCAGUUGAAAACUGAAGACGAUAGUCAAAUUGGUGAAAGUGGUAAACACUCGGGAAAUUCAUCCAUAAGGCACCGUAUAAAAUCCGAUGAAGUUGACAUCACUUCAGUUAAAGAUGGUCACCUCAACCAGGUUAUAUACAAGCCUAUUGUUCCCGACAUAACUCUUUUCGACUACGAAGUGCAGCAGGGAUACAGGAUAUUUCGGGAGCUGUUGUCCGAUCAGUACAAAUCUGUCACUUAUCCGUUUUUGGAGCCAGUCGAUGUCGAGGGUUUGAAUUUGUAUGAUUAUCAUACGCGGAUCGAGAAACCGAUGAGCUUCAAACAAAUUGAAAGUCGUUUCAACAAGUAUGAUUACCAGAGCAUAACAGCCAUAGUAUCGGACAUGCGGCUUAUUUUGGAAAACUGCUAUCGAUAUAAUGGCUCAGGACAUUGGAUAUCAAAGCUUGCGCACAAGCUGGAAAAAAUAAUCGACCAAAAAUUGGCAUUGUUGAACAGAUCUCUUCGUGAAAAGGUCACUCUGAGAGCAACCAUCGCAUUUCGGAACAAUGUGGUGUUGGCUGACAAUUUUGACCAACAUUUAGGUACACGCCCUCGAAGAUCGGGGCGGUCCAGUCUUGGCUCAGGUGGAAAUGAGGAAACGUCAAGCUUGAUGUCUCAUCUUCUCUUGGAGGAGCAAGAGAACCAACGGGAGAUGAGACGAAUCAAAGAUCGAGAGAAACGCGAGGCUAACGAAGCAUUAAUGGCGAAGUUGUCCGAAUGGGAAGUGGAAAUGUUCCCUUUUGAUGUUGUCAAGGAGUUAAGGUCAAUAUGGGAGAUUCCCGCCGUAGGUGCUUUUUUAUGGUUGCAUCAAUCAACUUUGAAUUUGCCCGAACUUAACUACACAGAGUUUGAAUACGGUCUCGUUCUACCUCAUAUAUCGCUACAAAUGUCGUGGAUUUUAACGUCCCUUCUCGUCGCCCCAAGUCAUCGCAAAAGCAUUCAUAAGAAAUCUCCCAUGAAAUUCGAGUUUUGGCAGAAGAAACUUAAAGGACGAGUGGAAGAAUGGUAUUUAGCUAAAGAAAACAUGGAAUUUGAAACGGCUGCAAGACAGAUUGGCAUUGAUCAGACAUUUUUUCAAAUAAUAGGCGAAACCAAUCCAUUUAAAGAGAAAUCAUUCACGGACCUGACCCUACGUCAACGUGUUUUGAUUUUGAAAGUUUUAUGUGACGAAUGUUUGGAGUACAGUCCUCAAUUGCGCGAUGCUCUGGGCAAUGCAGACACCACUCCUUACUGUGAAACGUACCUCGGCUACGAUGGGGAAAACUGUUCUUAUCUCUAUUUUCCUAUCUUUGACGCAACUGACAUCAGGGUAUACAGACAAGCACCAUUGCCUUCUCUCAACGAAUGGUAUAAACAAUGGAGGACAAAUUUGGUUAAAUCGAAUCACACAAUAACAAGCAAUAAAGCAAAGUCAAGACGAAGAUCGUCCAACAUUUCUAAAAAAGACAAAUCGUCUUCAUUGUCGUCCAUUGAAGCUGGCUUUGAACUCGUCGCUCAUGACAUUGAGUCACUUCGUUUUUUAUGUGAGACGUUUGCCGAGAAGCCGCCUCAAAAAAAGCCUGGAAGUCGUAAGGAUACGCGCAAGCAUUGUGAAAAAGUUCUCUAUCAAGUUUUGAGUGAACUGCUGAAUGAUCUAUCUCGUAACGAGACUAGAUAUUCCAGAUCUCGAAUUAAGGGAAUGUUGAAUUUGAUGAAAGAUUGUGAAACUGUGGACGUUAAUAACGAAUCAUGUGAUUUUGAAGCGGAAGAAAAAGAACCCGAGUAUGAAGAUGAUACAGCCGGUAACACAAACGCUCUUGAUAAAUGCUCGAUUAGCAUUCGCGACUUUAAUGAAACUGUCGCAGAUUCUGCUUCUUCGUUAUUUAACAUCGUUACUCGAAGCAGAAAGAGGAAAUUUCGAGAUUUCGAUGAGUCAAAAUCAAACAGCUCAUCUGUGGUUUCCGAAGUUUCUAAGAACUUUGAUCCUGCUGAGUGUCAUUCAGAUCGCGAAUUUCGGAUUGCUCCUGCCAAACUACAAAGUUACUGUGAUCACGCUGUGAACGGCACACGUGAUAUUUGUGACGUAGUUGUACGAGGUGUUAUGGAUGAGGUAAUUCGGGGCGUCGUUGAUGUUGUCAUGAAUAACAAGUUGGACGACAUUGUAUCGAAAAGAGGAUAUUUGAAUCAAUCAGGAAUUAAGCACAUGGCUAAUGUAAAUACAAGUAGGCUUGACGAUUUAAGCGGGACACAUAGGAGUGAUGAGGGUGAAAAUGACGAUUUAAGCGGGACACAUAGGAAUGGUGAGGGUGAAAAUGAUGAAAAUGUAAGAGUAAACGGAUUUGAUGAAAUAAGACAACAUUGUACUACAGAAUGUGCGGAUGUGAUCGACUUAAAAAAUUCUCACCGUAUGGGAAGGGAUACUGCAGAAUCAUCGAGAAUAUUUGAUGCUGUGCCAUCAAUUAAUAAAGACAUUGCUGGAAGAGAAGAGAGUGAAUCUGCUGAAUUUCAAGAACAUUUCAAGGAAAACGAUUGCAGCUCAAGAAAAUCAAAUGGCAUUAAUCAAUUAUCCGUCACAUUUGGGGGAAAUUUGGAUUUUGUUAAUGUAAAUUACUCGGACACUAAGAAACUAUCUUGUGAGAAUGUAAAUCCACAGGGGUUAAAUAAUAUGGAGACUCUGGAAGAAUCAUGUGACAAUGUAGAUGCACAAGAGUUGAAUAACUUGGAGACUCAGGAAGAAUCAUGUAAUAAUGUAAAUCCACAGGAUUUAAAUAAUGUGGAGACGCAGGAAGAAUCUUAUGAGAAUGUAAAUCCACAGGAGCUAAAUAAUAUGGAGACGCAUAAAGAAUCAUGUGAGAAUGUAAAUCCACUGGAGUUGAUCAAAUAUAAUGGAGACGAAUGCAGUACAAAUCAAGUCGUUUACAACGGCACCCAUUUAAACCCCGACAAAAGUCAUACCAAACUCCAUUGGGUAAAAGAUGCUGAACAUGCGCCUAUGAGAAAUGGACAUUCGGAUGUGACAAAAAGUUGUCCCACGCGAGAAAAUUCCCUCGCUGAUUAAUUAUUCCUCAAGAGAAGUUAAAAUUUGUUGAAAUUUCAGUGUAUUUAUUUAUCAUUGGUUUAAAAAUAUUUCAAACGCUAAUUAUUAAAAUUGUGUACACAUUUGACGCUUGUCGUCCAUAUUUGUUCAUUAUAAUUUUAUCAUUAAAUAAAAUAUCUAGAUUCUUCUAAAAAAAA